AUGCAGGAUCAUAUGUUUGCGAAGUCCGGCGUCUCCGGGAACGGUGCGGGGCUCGGACAGAACUACUACACACGUGACCUCAUUACUGAAGUUCCAACGAUCAUUCAGAUUGUCCCGGUCUCUUCUGAGACACUGGCCAUGCAGCGCGGUCCGCCAAAAGGAAACUCGGACACGUUCAAGAUCUCCUUGGAUGACGUGGAGCCGACUGCUGGCUGGCUUAGCGAUCGCAACAACUCCUCGCUCGACAUUUGCUUCAUGCACAGCUUCGGCAAGUGCUACGGCAAAAUUCGCGAAAAAGACCCCCGAACCUGUCACCAGAUUCACGUGAAACGUGAAGUGCUUGACAACCUGCGCAAGUACUACACGAACCCGCAGCGCAAUUAUUUCUGCCGCACCAUGAAGGCAAACGUGACGGAGAAGUUUGCGCAGGUACUGUCACUCCUGGCGCGGCGCCGGAUUGCCCUGCAAUACCUUGAGUUCCGCACGGAAGACAUCGAGGUGACUGCCGGUAGCACUGAGUACGAGGUGCAGUACCGUCUCUGGCUCGUCAGCGACGUGGAGCCGCAGCGCAAGAACAGGGCCAAGGCGGCGAACGUUUUGACGGACAACUUCAUUUCCUCCUCCAACCUCUGCUGGGACUUCGCGCUUACCGGACGGUGCUGCAGAGGUGCCUCUUGCCCCGAUCUCCAUGGCCACGUGGCCAAGGCACUUACAAAGGACCGUUUCGUGAAGGCGGCGCUGGCCGAAAUGGGGAAGAAGGAUUCCUUGGUGCCAGCGACGGAGACUGCGCAGCCAGGGAAGACACCCAGGGCAUGCCAGCCGUCACCUAGUGUUCCCCAGCAGUUUCCACCGCCACCACCUAUGCCGCAGCAAUGUGCGCCUUUCAUUGUCUCGUCACCGGGCCCGCCGCCGUACUGCUUUUCGCCUCUUCCACCUGCGUCCGAGAUGCCCGCGUCGUCGCCGAACCCGACCCUCGCCGCAUUCCCGCUCGACAUGUCGUCUUUGCAAGGAACGCCGUGCUUCCUUGUGAGUGAAGGCAGCGACAACGUCUUUCGUCUCAUCACGCAGACACAGUUUGCGCCAUUCGGCAGCGAUGCAGCUUAG